CCGCAAAGGUACCUGAGCCUAAUUUCGUCACUCUCCGAGCCUCGCAUUCACCUCGGUUUGGGUCCCGGGCCCGGAACCGCUCUCACCUUUACCUGGCCUCGUCGCCGCGCUGUUUCGCACCUUCUUUGUCUCAAUCCCACUUAGUUGCUCUUUCUAGACACCAACUUCUAUCGUACCUGCCAUACAAAAUGACGGACCUCACCGCGCCGGCUGAUCCAACAGCGGUCAAUGGCACCUUCCCAGCGGACGAUGCAGCUGGUCAGACCCUCGCUGCCAUUGCUGAGUCUGAGAAGAUCUCUGCAGACGAGAUCGCGCUCUACGACCGACAGAUUCGACUCUGGGGCGUCAAGGCGCAAGAGAAGAUUCGUACCGCCAACAUCCUUUUGGUCUCUAUCAAAGGGCUCGCCAACGAGAUUGCGAAGAACCUUGUGCUGGCAGGCAUUGGCUCCAUCACCCUCGCCGACCACGAGAACGUGACUGAAGAUGAUCUGGGAGCGCAGUUCUUCAUCAGCGACGCCGACGUGGGCAAGAACCGCGCCGAAGCAGCGGCGCCACAAGUGCAGAAGCUGAACCCUCGAGUCAGAGUCAACGUGCACACAAGCCCCAUCAGCGCCGAAACAGAGGCCAGCUUCUACUCCCAAUUCGACGUAACCAUUGCGACAGAUCUGGACUUUGGCACGACCAACACCCUCAAUCUCUGCGCGCGCCUCGCGAACCGACCCUUCUACGCCGGCGCCUCACACGGUCUCUACGGGUACAUCUUCGCCGACCUGAUCAAGCAUAAAUACGUCGUCGAGCGCGAGAUGAGCAACAAGACAACACAAGUGGGCCCGGAAAGCUCUACGCGCAGCGUCCUUGAGACCUCGUCGAAAAAGGAGAAUGGCAAGUCGGUCGAGACGGUCACAAAGCAGGAAAUCUACUCGCCCAUCAUGGCCAUCAAGGACUCGCCUCUGCCACCUGAGAUCGCAGGCAACCACCGCAGAUUGAAGAAGGUGCACCCGCUGCUCACCUGCGUGCGCGCACUGUGGGAGUACCAGUUCCAAGCACACGGCGUGUUCCCGUCACACGACCCCCAGCAACUGCAACUGUUCACCAUGAUGGCCACGGAGAAGCACAAGCUGCACCUGCUUCCCUCGAACACCCUGACCGCAGAGUUUCUACGCAGCUUCUUGCAGAACCUGGGUAGCGAGCUUGCGCCUGUCACUGCCUUCUUGGGUGGCCAGCUUGCGCAGGACGUCAUCAAUGUGUUGGGACAGAGGGAACAGCCGAUCCAGAACCUGAUGCUGUUUGAUGGUGAAGAGAGCGCUGGGCCGGUUUAUGCGCUACAUCCUAUCUUUGUGGACAACCCCAUCACAGCUCUUCCGUCGAUCCCUAUGCCUGUGGAGGCCAUCUCUAUCGAUGAUUAGGUUGCGCAGGUUAUGCAGCCAAGUAGUGAUGCUAGGAGACUAUCCCUUUCAUAACGACGUAGGAGGAAGAUUUGGCGCAAGAGAGGACCUA